CCGGGGGCCAUCCUGAGGGGUAUGACCCCUGAGACGGAUAGGGCUGCCCUCGGGGCCUACAAUGAUGCGGCCCUCGAGGACCACAUUCUCCGCUCCUCCCUCUCUGCUUGCUUAGCCCUCGGCGAACAGGCUCGGAGGCUUCAAGAAUGGCGCCUCCACAGAGCGGAGCAAGACGCCAGAAUGAGGGAGUGCCUCCUCAAGAACCAAGAGGCGGUGAAGCUGGGGGCCCAGCUAGAAGAGGAGCUCCGGCAGAUGAGCUUGAAAUUGGAGGCUGCAGAGAAAGGCAAGGCUGAUGCUGAGGCCGCUGCCAGGAGAGCUGCUAAAGAGGCCGAGGACUCCAAAGCGCUAGCUGUCGCCAAGGCUCAGGAGGAGGCCGUUGAGGC